AGAACAACUCGAAAAGCGCAGUCAGAGAACACGCGUUCUCAAUGUGCUCCACUUUUUUCUGCACUUAAAGCCAUCAGUACACUUGUUCGAUAUGCUGUACUGAGCUUAAAUUUUUAAUUCUUUGAGAAAUUGUUCCGCCACAAAUUAUUCUUCGUUUCUGACUGGUCUUCAGAAAUUCAAAAUGGAUACUUUAUCGUGGGAAGAGCCUUUAGCUCAUCGGAUGAAAGUGGAAAGGAACUUAAAUUUUUCUACGAUAUCAAAUGAAGAAGACGAAUUUGGGUUUUCCAGAAAGAAAUCAGCUAGGGACCCAAUGUCUCACCGAAUCAUAGAGAAGAGGCGUCGGGACAGGAUGAACAACUGUCUUGCUGACCUGAGCCGCCUCGUGCCAACCAAUUACUUGAAAAAGGGUCGUGGAAGGAUUGAAAAGACGGAGAUUAUUGAGAUGGCUAUUAAACAUUUGAAACACUUACAAGCUCAUCCUUGUAAAGAUCCAGGACACUGCGAAGUGGCGAAAGCUACGGAGCAGGAUCAUAAGAGGCAGUAUCGCCUCGGCUACCAGGAGUGCAUGUCGGAGACAGUGAGAUUCAUGGUGGAGUCUGAGGGACUCUUCUCCGGCGAUGGUGUUUGUGUCAGACUCAUCAACCACCUGCAGAAACAUUACGACAAAGUAGCUGGAGGUUUAUGCUACACACAAGCCUUAGGCCUGAUGGUUUCUGAAGAGUCAAAAAAUUCUAUACAUAUGGAAGUUGAAAACACGAACUCUUGCUUUCCUUCCGAAUCUUCGCCUACUGGAACAAUGAUGUCGGACAGCCAUCGUGAAUCUCCUUAUCCAUACGAAAAUCGUAAACCAGAACUGCAAGAGCUGAAGCAAGAAAAUGAGAUGAACGGUCUCAACUCUCAUCCACCUAUCUGCGAAGAAUCAUCUCCACCGGUUAAAGUGACCAGCCAACUUCGCGAAAUGCUUCAGAACCCUGGAGUACCGAAAGAAACCUCACGGUGUAGCAGCAGCAAUGGCAAUCACCCUGCCGUCAGAAACAUUUCACCCUUACUUCACCCAACACCAGUGACUGUGACUGUAACCCCCAGCAGCAACAAUGAUUCAAUCCCGAAGCACGAGGAGGGGUAUUACAAGUUCAAAAACAGCAUCCAGCACAGGUUCAACGCGGAUCUGAGGCACAACAACCCAUCCUCGCCUACCGACAGCCAUGCGUCAGACCGGAUGUCCUUGCCUGAGGAGGACCACAACAACAACAAUCCCAAAUUUCACAUUUCCGAAGCAUCUCCUUUGCGCCCAAGCAAUUUGACUCAUAACGGCAGUGACGAACGUUUGGGUCACAACGGUUCCGGUUCCCUGCAACCUGCUCUCUUGAGUAAUGGUCAUGCUUUCUCACACUAUUCCCCUAAUCACUCAGCCCCUUCAGAACUCUCAGUCAAAAUUCCAGAAAGGAGUCAUGACGGCUACUCGAAUCCUACAUACAGUGCCCCGCCCCACUGGGACUCUCAUGCUGAGACCGCCAGUAGUUGCGGUUCGAACCCUAGCCCAUCCCCCACAGCUGCAAGGUCUUGCAACGGUAGUAGUUCUGGAUACAGCACAAACGGGGACAACAUUCCAAACGGAUCCAAGGUGAAAUCAAGUCAUUCUCCUGUUCUGUCUCCCUAUUCACAUACUCCAGACAGAAUGUCGAAUCGGAGCCCAAGUCCAGUGCAAGGACCUGGGGUUCCUAUUUUCGCUCUCCAUCCCAAAGGCACCUUUUAUGUCCCACUGACAAUCGACUCGUCACUUCUGAUUCCUUAUCUGAUCGGCUCAGACGAUAUAGCUCCGGUGUUGCAUCCUAUUAGUAUAUGCAUUAAUCUCAGUAACCAUUCCAUGAAAGUCGAAAAACUGAAUGGUGCAACGUUCCAUCACAGACCACAUUCUUCUUUCAUCAUGGAAAAAUUUCACGAUCGCCUCAUGUAUGCGGAUCGUCACCCCUUUUACCCCUGUCCAGUGAGUCCUGCCAGAAAUGGCUGCUCUUGAAAUCACUCAUCUCCUUGACAUUUCGUGAUUUUCUCAAAGAAACUUUUACCACGUGUUGAUUUCCACCUAUGCCGGUCAUAAGGAACGUUUUCUAAAUGCCGCCAAGAUGAUCGAAGCUUGCAAGCGGUGCAAUGAGUUUCAAGAUCGUUUUGUCUCAACGGCGAUGUCUACGAUAUCGUGAUCGAUGUCAGAUUCUUAAACAGUUGGGAUUGAUGAACCUUUCCUAAACUGACAGAAACGAAAAAAAAACUUUUGUCAUCAUCUGAUCCGAUUUUUUUUUGGAAAAUGCCAAAGUAUUGAGGAAAAUAUGUACAUAUUUUUCGCAGUAAACAGUGUAUAAUUUUCAAAAUGUAUAUUUCAUUUGAGUUAUAGUGACAUUAUUUGUUUCACGAGCUGAAAAAUAUCUCCAAGGAGAUUAUUAUUUUUCGAAUAUCUUCUGGGUAAGAAAGUUACUUGUGCUUUCAAAUUCGGCAAAGAUGGACUUGUGAUACUUCGUGAAUUAAACGCAUGUUGCGAUUUCGUAAAAGAAACCCACAUUAAUUUGAAAUUUUAUGUUGUAAUUUAUUUGCAAGUGAUAAAAAAAUACCUUGUAGAAUUUUAAAAGAGCAAUGAUGCUAUUUAAAACUUUUGUCUUUUUUUUUUGUUAUUAUCAAUGUUUUAUUUUAAAAUUUUUAUGCUGUUUAUCUUCAUUCGGUGCUAUGUAACAAUGUAAAAUUUUGAGUAAAAUAAUCUUCUACCGUAUUUACUCACUUUUUAAUCGAGAAAUUUAGUACUCAAUUAAAUGAAUUAAAAAAAAAAAAAACUUACGAAGUUUACUUAUAUCCGAAGCAAAGCGUCGUUUUCUUCCCCUUUUUAUAUUUUUUAUUGCACGUGUAUAAAUUGAGACAGCAAAUAUGAAACCUGUUCACACGGUCGUAUGAAAACACUUUCAAUCUUAUACAUUUUCAUUUUUCUCAAGACGCUCAUUUCUAAAAAACGUGUCAAAACGUUUAUACAUUUUAAGAAUUUACUAAUCGCUAUUAUGACGUUUUUUAUUAUAAUGGAAAGAUACAAAAUUCAACAGUGCGUUAUUAAAAGAAACACUGGAAAAAACUUACGCAAAAGUUGCACCAUGUUAGAAUAUUUAAUAUGUUCAGCUAAAAAGACUUGUUAAGUAUCGUACGCAGAAAUCUUUAUCUCUCAGAUCGCAAUACAUUUUUAGUUUUUUCUUAGAUUUAAAAGACGACAGACUGACAUCGAAACUUAUGGUUGUUGCUCAUGUUAUUCGUAGAAAUAGUUUUUGCUUCACACUAUAUGAACAUUUAUGAUAUACAUAAGACUUACAUAUACUUCUCAUAAAAAACAUCAACUCUGAGUUUUAAGAGAUUGAAUUUUGUGAUAGACAGUUUGCUCAAGAUAAAAGCUCAUGGCCAGCUGGACUCGCCACCUCAAAAGUUGAAAAUUGAUUUUAAUAUUUCAAAUUAAAAAACGAAUUCCAUUUGGAUCCGAAUUGCAGCUAGGUAACUAGUUUUUAAAGCACCUUUUUAAAAAAUAUUUCUUUUCAGGAGCAUAUACUUCCCCAAAUCUUCACAUAUCACAAAAAGAUGUCACAAGGAUAUCUUAGUGUGAAGCUCAGAAACAACUUUUUUGACUAUUUGACUAUGGAAAAGGACUUAAACUAAUAAUGUCCAGCUGUAAAGUUUAACCAUAUCCUUCUCUGAAUUCUUUUCUGGCUACGCCACUGUUAACUCACAAAAAAUCAAUCCAGAUCAAAAUUUCUCGUAGUUUAACAAGUCCAGUGCAGGUUUUGAAUUUACAAAAGAUGAAAAUCAUAUGCAAAGCUAUUAUAUGCUAAACCCCUUCCAACCUUGAACUCAAGAAAUAUAUUUCAUAAAGAAAGAUAUAUAAAUGAAAAAAUUAUAUAAAACUUACUGAGAAAAGUGCCUUACUGCUGACUUUAUCAAUUCUAUCUUAGAAUAUUUCAGAUGCUAUUAUCAUUCCUUUUAACAACGCAUAAUAAUUUUGGUUAUGAACUUUUUAAUAAAUGUGGGUUUCUUUUAGUAUUUAAUUGUGCGGAAAGUGAAGUGCUGUGAUUAAAAAUAUUUUGUAUGAAGAUCAAAAAACCGUUUUUUGAAAGUUCUUGAAUGAACAGAACGCAAACAAACGCGUUAAGCCUGUGUAAAAAGAAAUAGCUCUUAAGUCAGUUCUCUUUUUACUUGAAAAAUUUAAGAUGUCUUUUGAAAUUUUUAUUGUAAAAAAGAUUGUCUAUACAAGAGUUUGUAAAAAGUGUUGUAAAAAUAAAAUAUUUGGAGUGCCAA